GCCAACGUAAAUUAUAACGUUGCCAACCAUUUUGCGUGCAUACAAUGUGUUCACGUCGUGGACAAGUGAAAAUUUAACAACUCUGUAAAGCAAGGCAAUACACUUUAAUUUUUAGUUUAAUGUGUAAUAUAACAGAUUUUAUCAACAAAAAAUAUGGGCCUGACAAAACAGUAUCUGAGAUAUGUUGCGGCAGGAAACUUCAAUAUUAUUGCAAGUGCAGGUUGCAAUGCUGUAUUCAUCACUCUGGAGGGACAAGAAGGCAGAUUUGUUGGAGUGGCUGCUUGUGAAGAUAUAAUUAUUUGGGACAUGCGUCUUGGCGAAAAGGCCUUGGUUCUACCAGGAGAUAAAUAUGGAGUAACAUACCUGGCUUCAAGUCCAAAUAAGAAAUAUUUGGCAGCAGGUUAUUCUGAUGGAACCGUCAAAGUUUUUGACUUGACAUCUGGAGAGAAUGUAACAAGUUUUUCAGGUCAUCGAGGAGCUAUUACAUGUCUGUCUUAUGAUGCAGAGGGGCAUCGGCUUGCUUCAGGAGCCCAGGACACAGAUAUAAUAGUGUGGGAUGUUGUGGCAGAAGCUGGACUACACAGACUAACAGGCCACAAGGGAACAGUGACCCAAAUAAGCUUCCUUAAGGAGUACAAUGUUCUGGUGUCAGGGUCAAAGGAUACGUUUGUCAAGUUCUGGGACCUCGACACUAGCCACUGUUUCAAGACUCUUGUGGGACACAGAACAGAGGUCUGGGGACUGACUUUUGUGAAAGAGGACAAAUAUCUAAUAACAGGCUGUGGAGACAGCGAGUUGCGAGUAUGGAGCAUCCUGCCUAAAGAUUCAUCUAUUGAGAACUCUGAGAAUGUAGAGAAGACGGUGCCUGAUACAGAGGUCUUUUUGACUGGAGAAGAUAGUGGUGAUGUGGAGGGAAUAAGUCCACUCCAAUGCAGGAAGGCUGGUUCAGUUCUCCGUUCUGCUCGUGGUCGAGUGACAUCACUAACAGCUGACACAACGGGUCAUGUUAUUGGUUGUCAUGGUACCGAUGGAAUAGUUGAAUUGUUCCAUUUCUGUUCUGACCAGGAUGCCACUGCUCGCUUGAAGAAGAGGCAACGCAAGCAGAGGAAGAAAGCUGCAGACGCCAAUGAAACAGUUCCUGAUCAGGGACAACAGCCAGGAUUGAAGGAUGAGGUGCGGAGGCUGACUGCUAUCAAGGUGACGGAUUGCAAAGUGAAGUCUGUUGACCUUGUGAUGGGAAGAGGAGGUGAACUCAGGGUAGCAGUGGUACUGAACAACAACAGUGUGGAACUCUACUCAUUGCAUGUAGCCGUAAAGGAUGCUGAGAGCCGCUGCCUGCGCAAGAUCAGUUCUCAGGGUCACCAAUCAGAAGUGAGAGCUGUUACCUUCAGUUCUGACAAUCUGGCUGUUGUUUCAGCCAGUGCUGAGUCUAUCAAAAUGUGGAACAGACCAUCAAUGGCUUGUCUGCGAACAGUUAAAACAGGCUAUGUUCUCAGUGUAUGUUUUGUUCCGGGCGACCGCCAUGUUAUGGUUGGCUUGAAGAAUGGCCACAUGCUUAUUGUGGAUAUUGCAUCUGGAGAUGUGCUAGAGGAUGUUCCAGCUCAUGACAAGGAGCUAUGGUCCAUCUGUCUCUUGCCAGAUCAGCGUGGCUGUGUGUCAGGUGGAUGUGAUGCUACUGUGAAGUUUUGGCAGUUUGAGUUGAUCACGGACCCCAGUAACAAAGAGAGCAAGGCCAAGAUUUUGUCUGUUCUCCACACAAGGACUCUCAAACUGGAAGAGAAUGUUCUUUGCGUCCGGGUGUCAGCCAACAACCGUUUUGUCGCUGUUGCACUCCUGGACUCAACUGUACAAAUAUUUUUUGUGGAUACACUCAAGUUUUUCAUCUCACUUUAUGGCCACAAGCUACCUGUACUUUGUAUGGACAUCAGCUCUGACUCCACCCUCAUUGCUACGGGUUCUGCUGAUCGAAACGUCAAGAUCUGGGGUCUAGAUUUUGGUGACUGUCAUCGCAGUCUGUUUGCUCAUGAUGAUUCAGUGACUGGCCUUCAGUUUGUACCCCACACACACCAAUUCUUCACUUGUGGCAAAGAUGGUAGAGUCAAACAGUGGGAUGCUGACUCAUUUGACAAGAUCAUCACACUGCAGGCUCAUCUUGGAGAAGCUCGUUCCUUGGCAGUAAGUGCCAGUGGCCAGUAUGUGGUGAGCUGUGGCUCAGACAGGGUAUUGAGGCUAUUUGAACGGUCAGCAGAGCCACUGGUUCUGGAGGAUGAGGCAGAAGAGGAACGAGAGGAAAUGGACAAUCAGGCUUUGGUGACAGGAGAAGAAACUACUGUCCCUGGCCAGACUGGACUGAAUUUGCCAUCCAAGAAAACCAUUGGUAGCGAGAAAGCUGCAGAACAGUUAUUAGAGUGUCUUGAGAUUUGCCAAGAAUUUCGAACAAAGAUGGAGGAACACAGUGCACUGAUAAAGGCGAUAUCCAAGAAAGAAAAUUUGCCACCUCCACCUCAGCCGCCUGCUCUCAUGGCCGCAUAUAAAGCAUCUACGCCAGAUGACUUCCUGACUGAGAUACUACGAAGAAUUCGGUCAAGUGACCUUGAGGAAGCACUUCUGUUGCUGCCAUUUACAUCAGUGUGUGAACUUCUGAGUCAGUUGCCUUCACUGAUUGAAAGGGGUUUUGAAAUAGAACUAGUGUGUCGUACCAUGAUUUUCUUGUUCAAGAUGCACCAUAAACCUAUUGUGAACAACCAGGCAUUGCUGCCCAUAGUUGGGCAGCUUCAGAAGUUGGCAUUUUCUAAGGUCAACCAUCUCAGGGAUAUGAUUGGCUGCAACCUGCAUGGACUCCAGUUCCUCCAGAGGGAGUUAGAGGCUAGGGAAGGAGUACAACUAUUCACAGAUGCAACGCUGGAAAAGAGGAAAAAGGAUCGACAGAAGAGGAAAAAAGAUCAGGUGGCUAAAAGGGCAGUUAUGAUGUUGUAAUGUAAUAUUUUGUGUUCAUGUUACAUAUUUUAUUAAAUGAGAUGAUAUGAAGAAGACAAAUUAUACCACUUUUAAUAAUGUU